CGAAGAGUUUAGCCGUCUUAGAUAUCUUAAGGAAGGCAGAGGAAGCUGAAGAAAACUUUGAUAUUCCUGGACGCAUGAAAUGUGUCUUAAAGUUGACACUGCAUGCAGCAGCCAAUACGCAACCGUCCCAAAACAAAAAAGGAUCAACUGCUGACGGAUGGAAUCUUUUGUACCAGUCAUUCAAUGAAAUUCUUCUUCCGGAGGAGGCUGCAAAUCGUGCUAGCGACAUGGAGUUGCCUGGUGUCUUGGACAUAAAUGGGGCAUAUUACAUCAAGAUUGACAAUUCGGCUGUAGCUCUUACUGAAACUAAAUCUUUUGAACAAUCAGUGGGUUAUUUGCUAAUCUACUAUCACAUCCUAGACAUCAAUUAUCCUUAA